AUCAUCGGCCGGACAGCAGAUCCGCGUUCUCUUGACGCACGGCCGAGAGCAUCUGGAGCAUGUCCGACGACGGCCACGAGACGCCGCUGCUUGACCACAUCGUAGACGUCCCGCGCAAGCCGCGCCUCAACUCGGGCGACCGCGCCUGCGUCUCCGUCUUCUCGCUCGUGGCGCUGGGCGUCUGCUUGGCAGGGCCAUCGGCGCUCUUGACGCCGCCGCCUGUUCCGCUGACGCCGACCACAUAUCUGGACCUGGCGUGGCAUCAAUGGACAGAGCCCAAUGGCCACAGCCUGCGGCAAAGCGUGUUGGCGCCGACGCUCUCGUCGCUUGACUACGUGGACCUGGCGCCGUUCAGCUAUGCCACGUACCGCACGCCGUGGCCGCCAGCGCGGUCGUUCAAUUUGAGCAUUCUCUCGGCGACCGACGACAUGUACCUCGUCUUCGCGGCCAAUGCGACGUCCAAGGCCUUCGUCGCGACGCACGACGCCCGCCAUAAGAACAUCAUGACGCGCCACGAGACCCAACGCGUGGCAGUUGGCGCCAGCUCCACCUCUGCGUCUGUCGAGAUUGUCCGAGCAACUGGCGGCGAUACAGGCUUGCAGCGCGGACCAUCCCUUGUCUCGGUCACCUGGGACGAGGCGCACGCGCUGAGCAAGUGGACGCUGGAGCCAGGCCUCGUCGGCGAGCAUCUGCGCAUAGUCGAGCCAACAUGGAUGGCCGCGGUGCCGUGGCGGCGCUUCAAGGGGGGCCUCUGCCGCCGCUUUCGUGGCUCCAAACGGUCGUUCAGAGUCCAUACGACGGCCGCAAGGGAUACGUAGCGCUGGAUGCGAUCGGCUUGACGCAAGGGAGCAUCUAUUGGAACGGACGGCGCCUCGGGCGCUACGAAGGCAACGCGACGGCCGAGUUUGCUGUGCGCGUGGCGUCCACCAACUACUUGGUGCUGCUCGACGAGCGCGGCGUCGAGACCCUCAACCCGCGUCGCCUCCGAGUCACUUUGCGCAUAUAGGAAUCCCACGCGACAACUGUCAACUUGAAACCUUGAUAUUUGUCCA